GACCGGAGGAGUUCACGUCGAAGCAAGUAAUUAUGGCGAAGAUCACAAGCUUUAUGCGCGUGACCAAGCAGCCCAAGGCGCACGGGAAGAAGGUGGACUCAUCACCGGUUGCUAAAAAGCAGCACGUGACGAAGAAGGAGGAGGUUAGUCCACUUAACGCUAGCGACGAAGAGUCGAGUGCGCACAUUCCAACAUUUAUCUACAAGACGGUCAAGUACAAGCACAAGCACAAGAAGCACGAGGUGUCCAAGGAGAUGAAGACGAUCGUCGAGUACAUCAAGAAGUACUACGACGUGCCGAAGGACUUGGAGACCAAUGUAAAGUUUGGCUGCCACAGCGGGCUCACGUACGAGAAGCGGUUGGCAAGAGCGUAUUCGAUGGAUCAGCUUUCACUCAAGCAUGGGAAGAAGAAUGGAGCUGCGCCGAAACCAAUCUGCUUGACCUGUGCCUCCGUUGGCCACACCCACAAGACCUGCCCUGAUGGCUUCUGAAAAUACGGGACAAAACACAGUAGGGAAGACGCAGCAAGCUAUUUGGCUAGUUGAUACUGGCCACCAACAAGCUCGAGCUUGCCUUUGCUGACUAGCUUACCGAGAACCACAGAAAGACCAGAGAUCGUCUUGGUAUCUGCACAAUACCAACCAAUAAAACGUUAGCAAAAGAAAGUAAGCCCAAAACGAACUA